UGCAGCGUCUUCCACAGAAUCCCGGCGUUUUUCGUCCGGGCCGGGGCUGCCCGGGCCGCCUGCAGACGCGGCCCGCGGGGCGGUGCGUCACUGCCGCGCGCCGGCGGCCGGCGAGGCCCCGCGCCAGGGGCGGGCCGGGGGCGGUGACGGAGCAGCGUCAGAGCGGGGAAACGAAAGCGGCGGCCGCGGCCUCGCGUCCUCCCCUCACCGCGCCCUGGGAGCCCGAGCCCUGGGAGCCGGAGCCCUUCGGAGCCGGCCGCCUGCCGCACUUUCGCCGUGAGCGCCGCCCUCUCCAGCACGGAGCUGUCCGCCGAGCCCGGCCGUGUGUGGGUCAGCGCGGGGCGCGGCCGUCGGCGGCUCCCGCGGUCUCCCCGCUGCCCGCGCUCCGCCUGCGGGGGGGUCUCGGCUCGGCCUCUGGGACCGGGGGCAGCGCGGCGGGCGGUGCGGCGGCGGUGAGAGGCAGAGGAGGCAGCGGAGCUGGUGAAGGGUUUGGAGGCAUUUCAGGAAAACAUGAAGAGAAGCACAGAACCCGUAUUUAGCAGCCCCCAAAAUAAGCAGAAGAAGAGGAUAGAAGAUUUGGGAUUAACCCUCAGUUCUACUUCAGAUGAUGAAAAUCAAUUUAGUAAUCAUACUACUCAAGAAUCUUCCAGUAGCACCAGUGGGUCUGACAGUGAGAGUGAUGAAAAAAGACCAGUCUUCAGCAAGGAGUUCAAACAAGACUCUCUUGUGGAGGGUACUUCAUCUCGCUACUCAAUGUAUAACAGUGUCUCCCAAAAGCUUAUGGCCAAGAUGGGCUUCCGGGAAGGAGAAGGUCUGGGAAAAUACGGCCAAGGCAGAAAAGAUAUUGUUGAGGCCUCCAAUCAGAAGGGAAGGAGAGGCUUUGGCCUGACCCUCAAAGGAUUUGAUGGGGAGCUCAAUAUUGAUUGGCAGGAUGAGCCAGAGCCUAGUGCCUACGAGAAGGUGGACUGGUGCCCUGAGUGUACCACAGAGAUCCCAGAUGCUCAGGAGCUGAAGGAGUGGAUGACUGUGGGGAAGAGGAAGUUGAUGAUUGAAGAUGAAACAGAGUUCUGUAAUGAAGAGCUUUUACAUAAUGUCCUGCAGUGCAAGAGUGUAUUUGAUGAGCUGGAUGGAGAAGAAAUGCGUCGAGCCCGAACAAGGUCUAACCCCUAUGAGAUGAUCCGCGGAGCUUUUUUCCUGAACAGGGCUGCAAUGAAGAUGGCAAAUAUGGACCAUGUCUUUGACUACAUGUUUACAAACCCUAAGGACUGCCAAGGGGUGCCUUUGAUAAAGGAGUAUGAUGCAGAGCUGCUCUACUUUGCUGAUGUGUGUGCUGGUCCCGGAGGCUUCUCUGAAUAUGUCUUGUGGAGGCGGAAGUGGCAUGCAAAAGGAUUUGGCAUGACCUUGAAAGGACCAAAUGAUUUUAAACUGGAGGACUUCUAUUCUGCUUCCAGUGAGCUCUUUGAACCUUACUAUGGAGAGGGUGGGAUUGAUGGAGACGGAGACAUCACUCGAUCAGAGAACAUUACUGCUUUCCAGAAUUUUGUUUUGGACAAUACUGAUCACAAAGGAGUGCAUUUCUUAAUGGCUGAUGGGGGUUUCUCAGUGGAGGGUCAGGAGAAUCUGCAAGAAAUCCUAAGCAAACAACUGAUGCUUUGCCAGUUCCUCACAGCACUGUCCAUUGUCCGGACAGGAGGACAUUUUGUCUGCAAAACCUUUGACCUGUUUACUCCAUUCAGUGUGGGUCUUGUUUAUCUGCUGUAUUGCUGCUUUGAGAGAAUUUGCAUCUUUAAACCUGUAACAAGCCGCCCUGCUAACUCGGAGAGGUAUGUGGUGUGCAAAGGCCUGAAGUCAGGCAUUGAAGAUGUGCGGGAUUACCUCUUCACAGUGAACAUCAGACUCAACCAGCUGCGCAAUUCUGACGUGGAUGUGAAUCUUAUUGUCCCACUGAAUGUGAUCAAAGACAACCAGGACUUCUACAAUUACGUUGUCCAAUCCAAUGAAAACCACUGCAAAGUUCAGAUAAAGGCACUAGCCAAAAUUCGUGCCUUUGUUCAAGACACAACGCUGGUUGAGCCACGGCAGGCUGAAAUCCGAAAGGAGUGUCUCCAGCUAUGGGGGAUUCCCGAUCAGGCUCGUGUUGCUCCUUCAUCUUCAGAUCCCAAGUCCAAGUUCUUUGAGCUGAUUAAGGGCACAGACAUUGAUACCUUCAGUUACAAACCCACUCCUCUGAAUUCCAGCACAUUGGAAAAAAUUCGCCAAGUGUUAGAUUACCGGUGUAUGGUGUCUGGAAGUGAGCAGAAGUUCCUCUUGGGGUUAGGGAAAUCACAGAUCUACACCUGGGGUGGUCGCCAGUCAGACCGCUGGACAAAGCUGGAUUUGAAAACUGAGCUGCCACGAGAUACUCUUCUCUCUGUGGAGAUUGUUCAUGAACUGAAAGGAGAGGGGAAAGCCCAGCGAAAAAUUAGUGCCAUCCACAUCCUUGAUGCCUUGGUGCUGAAUGGCAAUGAUGUUCGAACGCAGCAUUUCAACCAGAGGAUUCGGCUGGCAGAGAAGUUUGUCAAAGCUGUUUCUAAACCCAGCCGGCCAGAUAUGAACCCCAUCCGAGUGAAGGAAGUAUACAGAUUGGAAGAAAUGGACAAGAUUUUUGUGAGGUUAGAGAUGAAAGUCAUCAAGAGUUCAGGGGGAAUGCCCCGGCUGUCCUACACUGGCCGAGAUGAUCGGCAUUUUGUGCCCACAGGACUCUACAUUGUACGGACUAUGAACGAUCCCUGGACAAUGGCAUACAGCAAAAACUUCAAGAAGAAAUUCUUCUUCAACAAAAUGACCAAUGUAGCGACAUACAACCUCCUUCCUGAAGCCAUUGCGCCCUUUCAUGUCUGCCAUUACAGCCGCCUCUUCUGGGAAUGGGGGGAAGGUGUCAAAGUGCAUGACUCUCAGAAAAGACAAGAUCCAGAGAAGCUAUCAAAGGAGACUGUUCUGUCUUUCAUCCAAGCACACUACCCUUAACCCUGCUCUCUUGAGGGUGCAGGGAGGGGCUGAGCCCAGCUUGGAUUCUUCAGGGACUGAUGGGACUGGGAAGGCUCCACAACUUCUAUCCUGAUAUUCUCCAGAGCUGAUUUCCUGGAGAUGAUCAAACUAGAGGGUGGUAUGCAGAAGGCACAGGAUGAGGCUUUGCCCUGGUAGUGUAUAUAAGAGUACAGCCCAGGUAGCACCUGGUGCCAGAGUACCUAAGGUGACUCCUGGAGCCGAGGCCUAAUGUCCUUUUGUCCUGACCUACUGCAUGCAUGAGGCCAAGGGGCUGGCAGCUUUCUUUGCUCCUAUUCAAACAUUCAGCAAGGUUUGUGGAGCUCUGUAUGUGCCAGAACUCCCCAGGCUUCUGCUUCUCUUGCAGUGUGGGAAGGAGCAGAGAUGUUUUGAUGGCAGAGCUGGGCAACAGCACAUUGCUCCUGGCAGCUGUCUCCUUGGCCUUGUCAAAGGCUACACUAUCCAGUGGAGGGUGUUAAGUCUUUGGCGAGCUGUGGGCAAAAGUUACAUAUUCUUGUCGGUGUCUCCAACGCUUCUGUUUAUCAAGGCACUCAGCUAGCCACUGGCAAUUCUUAUGUGAUGGUACCCUGUUGGACAAAGGCCGAUGCAGGUAAUGAGUACAGUUCCUGGCAUAGAUCUGAUGUGCUCACACCUCUGCAAGCUGCUGUGACAAGAAUUUCCCUUCUCCAGGUUAGUGACUGAUGCCAAGCCAGCAGCCUGGGGCUAAUUUGUGAAAAUGUACCAUGGUUGGUGUACGUGCUUCAUGGUACUUCUGAGACCAAGGUGCUUUGAUUCUUGGUACUCAACAUUCUUACCUAAACCUUCAGCAAGGAAAGUGGAUGUGGGAGGGAAGACACAGAAAAGCUGGAUGCUGAAGUCUCUGGAAGAAAUGAUGGGGAUGUCUAACUUAGUUUAAAAGACCUAGGGCUUCAGUAGAAAGAGAUCUUGACUUUAACCAUGUAGGUUAAUAAGCAAUCCUGUCCCCUGACUGUGCCCACUGGAAAGGUUACCAGACUUUCCUUUUAAAAUAUCAGAGUGGCUUUGAAAUCCUCUGUGUCUCAUUUGACUCUGGAACUGCAUGUGAGAUGAAGGCACAGAGCCAGGAAACUCCUCUCAGUAUGGCAUUUGUGUCAAGACUUCUCCAUGCACUUCUGUGCCAGGCUCAAAGUUAGCUUCUGUUGCAUGUUUUACCUUCACUUCUGGCUUCCAUGGCACUUUGCCAAGUCUUCCAUAUAAAUCAGAAGAUAACACAAGAAGAUAACACAUUGUUGAAUGCUUUGGGACAAACAGCAAGAUAGUCCAAUUUUUGUUUUGUUUUGUUUGUUCUUGGCUUGUUUUUAAACACAGAUUGGCAGUAGGGAUAAAAGUGAUUUAGGGGUUUGUCUGAACUGUGCCUUAAGGAAAGCUAUUGUUUUAGUAUCUAUAGCAGUUGUUUAGACUGUCUUUUUCUCCACAUCCAUGUGAAUGAUUUGAACAAGCCUGUGCAGCAAAACAUAGAAACUUUGACUUAGACACAGGUCUGUCAAAGCAGUUGAAGGACGGCAGGCUGUUAGUGCAUCCUCUUGGCUGAUCUGUAGACCCUCUCCGCUCUCAAACAUUGGUAAAACAUGUAUGAAAGAAAUGGUGGCUCUUCCCCCUAAACAAGAGGUGUGUCAUUAGUAGCUUUGUCUUGGCAGAGGCACUUCCAUGAGGGAUGGGGAGGAAUCUCUCCCAGUGGGCAAUAAAGUACCUCAGCCUCUGGUGUCCAGCCCUGUGUACAGUUGGCUUUUUAAACCAACCAGCAGUUUGAGUUCUAAGGACCUCUGUGGACUGCCUUGAGGCUGUUCCAGUGCCAGCAACGCAUGCUGCGCCCUCUGCCAGGCUCCUUUGCAGUGUUGCGUCCUCAGCUCAAGCUUCGACUCCUGUGGGCUGGCACACACAAGAGUGACUAGGAAGUAAACUAGGAUGAGUGUAGGCCUUGGAGGAUCAAAAAAACCUGAUCAGUCUGCAGGCUAGCUUUUAUGAAUGGAUAUUUUGUUUACUCAGUUGUCUCUAGUUGCUCAUUUUAAUUUGCUUUUAUUUUUAUUUUUGAUGCACUGAACCUUGAUUCCAAAUCUCCCUUCAAGAAGGCAGGCAUGAGCCACCAAGCUACUUGCUUCCCUGCUGAGGGAUUAUGUUGGGAAGGGCGGGUGAGGAAGGUCUUGCUGAAGGGAGUGUUUAUGUAUGUUAAUUGCACAAUGUAUUGUUUUUAGGCUUUGUAUCAUUUUGUGUUGACUUCUAUGCUUUCAUGUUCUAUUACCAAUACAGCCCCUUUAGUUCA